AACGGCUUUUCAAAAUUCUUUUCUGUCCCAACGGUUAUUCGCCACUUCUUCGUCUCUUCCUUAUUGAUGCCUCCCCUUUCCCAUUCUCCAUUUGUCAACUCAAAGUAUAGAGCCUUAGAAGAAGAUAUUUUCUCUCUUUUAUCCGCCUCCACCAGCUUCACUCACAUCCUGCAAAUUCAUGCUCGAAUCUUCACCCUCGGACUUCAUCAAAACAACUUCAUAGCCACCAGACUCGUGAACCUCUGCUCCUCCACCUCUUCAGUCAACCAUGCCUGCCUUACCUUCCACCACAUCGCUAACCCUACUGUCGGUCUAUGGAAUGCUUUCAUCAGAACACUCUCCCAGAAAAAACUCCCAUUUGAAACCCUCAGUACAUAUACCCAGAUGAAAAAAGCCCGAAUCCCACCGGAUAAUUUUACUUUCCCCUUCGUUCUUAAGGCUUGUUCUCUCCUUUCCCCGACCCCGCCAAUCGGCCCUGCUAUCCAUGGUGAGAUUAUUAGGACUGGGUUUGAAUUUGAUCCUUACAUUCGGAACUCAUUGAUUGAUAUGUAUUCAAAAUAUGGCUGUCUUGAGAGUGCAUUCUUUUUGUUCGAAAGAAUGACUGUGAGAGAUAUUGUUACUUGGAAUAGCAUGAUUGCGGGGUGUUUCCGGAGAGAAGAUGUGGAGAGGGGUAGGGAGCUUUUUGAUAGGAUGCCAGAGAGGAAUGUGGUUAGCUGGAACACAGUGGUUUCGGGUUGUGCACAUAAUGGGCAAGCUUUGGAGGCAUUGAGGCUUUUUAGGAGGAUGCAGUCGGAAUGGAUCCCACCGAAUGAAGUAACGCUUCUCAGCGUUAUGUCUGCUUGUGCACAGGCAGGUGCAAUUGAGAUUGGCAAGUGGGUGCACCGAUAUAUUGAGAGGAAUAAUAUCAAGUUGGAUGUGUACUUGAGUAAUUGCUUGAUAGAUAUGUACUCAAAAGGAGGGAGCUUGCAAGAUGCUCGUAAGGUGUUCGAUGCAAUGGUAGAAAGGACUGUGGUUUCUUGGAACUCAAUGAUUGCUGGCUUGGCUAUGCAUGGAUGUGGUGAGGAUGCAGUUUUGCUGUUUGAGGAUAUGGACAGGACAGGUGUAGAACCUAAUGACAUUACUUAUAUCGCCAUAUUAUCUGCUUGUAAGCAUGCCGGAUUAAUUAAAGAAGGGCGGCAGUAUUUCAAACAUAUGGUGGAAAAGCAUGGGAUCACACCUAAGGUUGAGCACUAUGGCUGCAUGGUUGAUCUCCUUGGUCGUGGAGGUUGUUUAAUUGAGGCUCAUGAACUGAUAAAAAAUAUGCCCAUCCCGCCAGAUGCUGGUAUCUGGGGUGCCUUACUUGGUGCGUGUCGAACUCAUGGGAAUUUGGAGCUUGCGGAACAUGCAGUGGUUUGCCUCCUUGAGUUGGAGCCAUGGAAUGCAGGCAAUUACGUCCUUCUGUCUAAUAUUUAUGCAGCAAGAGGUCUUUGGGAUGAUGUUGAAGAAGUGCGGAAGAAGAUGAAAGGAAAGAGGGUCCAGAAAACUCCAGGGUCGAGUUCUAUUGAGGUUGAGAGUUCAAUUCACGAGUUUAUGAUUGGAGAUAGGUCUCACCCUCGCUCAAAGGAGAUAUAUGAGAAGUUGGAUGAACUGGCAAUGCAAUUGAAGCUUGCAGGCUAUGUACCAGAGACAGACUCCGUGUUGCAUGAUAUCUGCGAGGAAGAGAAAGAGAAUGCUCUAAAUGUUCACAGUGAGAAGCUUGCCAUUGCAUUUGGGCUCAUUAGCACAGCCCCAGGAAUGACUUUAAGAGUCAUCAAAAACCUGAGAGUAUGUAAAGAUUGUCAUUCUGCCACUAAACUAAUAUCAAAAAUUGUCAGCAGGGAAAUAAUUGUCAGAGACCGAAUUCGAUUUCACCAUUUUAGGGAUGGAAUGUGUUCUUGUAAGGAUUUUUGGUAACAUCCACUGCAUUUUCUUUGGAAAGCAGUUAAAACACACAAAUGAUAGGCUACAAUCCUUUGAGCAUUUCAAUGAGAUAAUUGAUAAUUCUUCUUCCGGAUUCUUCAAUCUCUCACUGCCACCGCAUAUCAAAGGGGCAAAAGAGAUACAGUAGGACAACGAAGUGGGGUGAACGCCGCGAACCUAGUGUUGAUGGGAAAAUCCUGCUGACACCAGUGCAGAAGGAUGCAU